ACCAAGCUCCACCAGUUGGCCAUGCAGCAAACCCCCUUUCCUCCCCUCGGACAGACCAACCCCGCUUUCCCCGGAGAAAAGCUGCCUUUACACUCCUCCGAAGAAGCUCAAAAUCUGAUGGGCCAGUCGUCAGGUCUGGACGCCAGCCCUCCGGCCAGCACUCACGAACUCACCAUUCCCAAUGAUCUAAUAGGCUGCAUAAUUGGCCGCCAAGGGACCAAAAUCAAUGAAAUUCGACAGAUGUCUGGAGCUCAGAUCAAAAUCGCCAAUGCCACUGAAGGGUCAUCAGAGCGUCAGAUCACCAUCACAGGGACCCCAGCCAACAUCAGCCUUGCCCAGUAUCUCAUCAAUGCCAGGCUGACGUCCGAGGUCACUGGGAUGGGCACGCUCUAAUCUUACCCAGCAUCCUCUACGCCGCAGCACUGCAUCAACCACCCGCUCGAGCCUCUGGCCCGGCUCGUGCACUCUGUACAGACCACCCUCCCUUCCUUGCAAAUAUAAAUAGAGAGAGGGUUUUCUUUACUAACAAAAAGGAUAUAUGCCAUAGAUACACACAUGCCCAAAGCAGAUCUUUCUGCAGAAGCUCCAGGCUCUGUCCCGAGUCCCCUUUUUAAAUAUUAACUUCUGAGUUAUGCUCCAAUCUCUUCCUGCAUCAGCAUGCAGUGUUAGUUACUUUAAAUGCUUUGAGGUCUUCCCACCUAUGACAUCUUAGAAGUACCAUUCCUUAGUGUCAGUGUAGCUAUCUGUUUUCAGCAUUUGACAUUCUGACAGUACUUCCCAUACACUGUCCUCUCCUCCAUAUACAGAACUGUUGCUCUGAGACUCCUACUCUUUCACUUGAUCCUGUCAUGCUGACUCAACUUCCCUCAGAGCCUGUAUCAUCUGAGCUCACAUUUCCGCCUCAGGUCAUGUGCUGGAAUCAGGGUGUGCCUCUCCUACAACCCAAGAGGAGAGGAGGAACUUGGAGGAUGUUGGGCCCUGACCCAGAAUGGGGUGGAAUGGUAGAAGGGCCAGGGGCCUGACCUCACCGAGCUGUUGCAUGCUGGGAGGCACUGGUGGGUCCACGUGUCUUCCAGAGGGGCUGGAGAGCAUGGACAUGCCAGGAAGCUCUCUGUGCUCCUCGGAGUUCAAUAAAUGUCGUGCGCUCCUCCCCACCGA